AUGAGGGCUGGUGUUGAUGUCUUUGCUCUUGACUAUGAUGCUAUUAUUGCUGCCAUGUAUGCAUUGACUGUUAGUGCCGAGGGAGACUGUUACUUGUGUGUGCCGCCUGACCCAGGUAUAGAGCCCGCUGCCCUGGGUACUAGUGAGUCUGCUCUCUCUGGUAUGGUGCCCCCUGUACUUGCUCCCCCCAGUGCUGUCCCGGCUGGUUUCGAGUCUGCUCUCUCAGGUACAGCACCCACAGAGACUGCUCUCUCAGGUACCGCACCGGCUGAGGCCUGUCACACCUUCACCCUUGACUCAGGUGCUUCCCGUUGCUUCUUUCGUGACAGUACUGAGCUCACACCGCUUCCUGCACCAGUCCCAGUCUCCUUGGCUGACCCCUCUGGGGGCCCAGUCCUUGCCCAGUCCACCACUGUCCUCCCUUGUCCGGCGGUUCCGUCUGGCUCGUUGUCGGGUUUCCACCUCCCCUCGUUCUCGACGAACCUGGUGAGCAACGCUGUCCUCCAGGAUCAGUGGGUUGACACCUUUACCCCUGGCGGACAGCGUGUGGCGAUCUGCACGUGCUCCAGGACUGGCCGUCACCUGGCUACGUUCACCCGUCGGCCGGGGUCGAGUCUCUACACACUGACCACUGCGUCUCCCCAGGUAGCUGCUGUCGGUCAGGUGUCUGCGUCAGGUCUGGUGGCCCACGCCUGUGAGUGUCGUUCCCUGUCGCACCAGACUCUUCUCUGGCACCACCGCCUGGGUCACCCCUCCUUGCCACGCCUUCGUGGCAUGCACCGUCGCCUCCUUGUGUCCGGUCUUCCCAGGUCCCUCCCUCCCCUCCCUGCCUCGCCUGCGCCGCCCUGCCUUCCUUGCGUCGAGGGGCGGCAGCGCGCCGCUCCUCACUCCUCCUCGUUCCCCCCGACAGAGGCUCCUCUGGAGACCCUCCACCUGGACGUGUGGGGCCCAGCCCGCGUUCGUGGUCAGGGCGGUGAGCGGUAUUUUUUGCUGGUUGUCGACGACUACUCGCGUUACACCACGGUCUUCCCCUUGCGCACCAAGGGUGAGGUCCCUGCUGUUCUGAUCCCUUGGAUCCGCACGGUUCGUCUCCAGCUCCGCCGCCGUUUCCGGACGGAUCUUCCUGUCCUGCGUCUGCACUCUGACAGAGGUGGUGAGUUUUCCUCCGAUCUCUUGAGGACCUUCUGUCAGGCGGAGGGCAUCGAGCAGACCUUCACGCUUCCGGACUCCCCACAGCAGAAUGGGGUUGCUGAGCGCCGCAUUGGCCUGGUCAUGGAGGUCGCUCGUACCUCCUUGGUCCACGCGGCGGCUCCCCAUUUUCUGUGGCCGUUUGCUGUCCGGUACGCCGCGCAUCAGCUCAACCUCUGGCCCCGUGUCUCCUUGCCGGAGACCUCGCCCACACUGCGUUGGACGGGGGAGGUUGGCGAUGCGUCGCGCUUCCGGGUGUGGGGUGCUCGUGCCCUUGUCCGCGAUACGUCCGCGGACAAGCUCUCCUCCCGCACGCUUCCCUGUGUCUUCCUUGGCUUUGUCCCUGACGCGCCUGGCUGGCAGUUUUACCACCCCACCUCGCGCCGGGUCUUCGCCUCUCAGGAUGUCACCUUUGACGAGUCGGUCCCUUUUUACCGUCUCUUCCCCUACCGCACUGCCCCCCUCCCUCCCCCGCCGCUUUUCCUUGCUCCUGGUCCCCCUCCGGUAGACCCCCUUCCCCCUCAGGGUCCUGCUCCUUCAGGUGUCUCUCAGGUAGACCCUCCUCCCGUCGCUGAGCCUGUCGAGGUCACAGGUGACUCAGGUGCUGCUGCGGGUGGUGCUGCUGGGAGUGCUGAGCCUGGGGGUGCUGAGCCUGGGGGUGCUGAGCCUGGGGGUGCUGGGCCUGGGGGUGCUGGGGCUGCAGGUGCUGGAGCUGAGGGUACUGUGCCUGAGAGUUUGCCGCCUGGGGGUGCUGAGCCUGGGGGUGCUGCGACUGGGGGUGCUGAGCCUGCGGGUACUGAGCCUGCGGGUACUGAGCCUGGGGGUGCUGCUACUGAGCCUACGGAGCCUCGGGUUACUGCGUCUGGGGGUGCUCCGGUUCGGGGUGCUGAGCAGUCUCUCACACCGCAGCAGCUUCGUGACUGGUACGUCCGACGCUUUCGCCGUCCUAGUGGCUCGGCUGGAGUUUGGGGUGCUGGAGCUGCUCGUCCUGGGGGUGCUCGUACUGGGGGUACUGGAGCUGCCGGGACUGGCUGUUCUGGGAGCACUGCGACUGGAGCUGCUGGAGCUGGGGACUCUGGCGCUGGCGGUGCUAGCGGAGUUGGAGCUGCCGACUCUGGGGGUGGCGCUGCUGCUGGUGCUGCGGACCCACCUGGUGGAGCUGCUGCUGGUGCUGAGGAGUCGGACGGUGGAGCUGCUGCUGGAGCUGGGGACCCGGCCGGUGGAGCUGCUGCUGGUGCUGAGGACCCGGCCGCUGGAGUCCCUUCUGCUUCUGGAGACGCUGCGCGGCCGCGACCGUACUUCGUACCGCUCCUUCAGCAGGUUCUUGGGCAGGCUCCUCCUCCUUGUCCUCCUCCCUCCGUAGAGUGUCCUCCGCCUGUCCAGCCGCAGUCACAGUUACCGCCUGCCUCGCCUCUCCCUGCUCCCUCUCCUUAUACUGGUCCCACAGGAGGUCUUACAGAGCGUCGUGAGCCUGAGUCUCGUCCUGCGUCGCCUGUUCGUCCUGCUCGCACUGCUAGUCGUGUCCGUCGUGAGCGUCCUCCUCCUGUCCCAGGCACUCACUACAUGACUCUGCGUCCCUCUACUGCUCCUCGGCGUGUCCCUCUACCGUCUCCUCCUGCGUCCUCUUUGCCUGACGUUCCGGACCCUGAGUCUGACCGGUAUCGCGCUGAGCACCCUACAGUCACGCGUCUCCUCGCUACUGUUGUCACUGACCCUACCUUUGAGUCCUCGGCUGCGUCUGCUCUGGUCGCUGAGUUGGUUGACUUUGCUGCUGCCUGUCGUCUAGACUACGCUGCUAGCCUUGUUGCUGAGUCAGAGUCUGCGUCUGUCUGUCCUCCGUCCGUCGGGGGUGAGUGUGCUCUUGGCACGGACGUCCUUGAGGACAGGCAGGAGGACUUUGACUCUCUUGCGGCUGCUGUACCUCAUCUCGUGGCCUGGUUGCUUGCCCCUGAGGGAGACCCGGAUGCACUAGACAUCCCCACUCCGCGCACUUACGCAGAGGCGAUCUCGGGUCCCUACUCCUCUCAGUGGCAGACAGCCAUGGACGCAGAGAUGGCAUCCUGGAAGUCCACAGGCACCUACGUCGACGAGGUUCCCCCUCCUGGGGCGAACAUCGUCGAUGGCAUGUGGAUUUUCAGGGUGAAGCGGCCGCCAGGUUCUCCGCCUGUCUUCAAGGCUCGUUACGUUGCUAGAGGCUUCAGUCAGCGUCAGGGGGUCGACUUCUUCCAGACCUUCUCCCCCACCCCGAAGAUGACCACUCUUCGGGUUCUGCUGCACGUUGCUGCUCAGCGUGACUACGAGCUUCACUCUCUUGACUUCAGCACAGCGUUCCUGCAGGGCAGCCUGCACGAGGAGAUCUGGCUGCGCCGCCCACCUGGCUUUACUGGGUCGUUUCCCCCUGGUACCCAGUGGAGUCUCCGCCGGCCAGUCUACGGUCUCCGCCAGGCGCCACGUGAGUGGCACGACACACUGAGGACUACUCUUGCGGCUCUUGGGUUCGCGCCGUCUACUGCUGACCCGUCGCUGUUUCUGCGCACAGACACGUCGCUGCCGCCGUUCUACAUUCUCGUGUACGUCGACGACUUGGUCUUUGCUACUGCUGACACUGAGGCACUCGCUCGUGUGAAGUCGGAGCUGCAGAAGAGACACACCUGCACUGACCUGGGUGAACUGCGUAGCUACCUUGGCUUGCAGAUCACCCGGGACAGAGCUCGCCGCACCAUCACCCUGACUCAGUCACACAUGGUGCAGCAGGUCCUUCAGCGCUUCGGCUUCCAGUUCUCCUCACCACAGGCCACACCUCUGGCUACCAGCCACUCGCUCUCAGCUCCACCUUCGGACGAGUCCGUAGAGCCGAGUGGCCCGUACCCAGAGCUUGUAGGCUGCCUCAUGUACUUGAUGACUUGCACGCGACCUGACCUCGCGUACCCUCUUAGCAUCCUUGCUCGUUACGUUGCGCCUGGGAGACACAGGCGAGAGCACUGGGAGGCUGCUAAGAGGGUGCUGCGUUACCUGUGCAGUACAUCAGGCAUGGGGCUGGUGCUUGGAGGACGCGACAGAGUUGUCCUCACUGGUCACUCGGACGCCUCUUGGGUGGACGACCUGGCUACGCAGCGGUCGUCACAGGGUUACACCUUCAGCCUUGGCGCAGCCAUGGCUGCACAGGAGUUACGCUGGCUCACCUACCUGCUGACUGACUUGGGAGAGCGGCCUAGUUCUCCUCCAGUUCUGUACGGUGACAACAAGGCGGCUCUUGCCUUGUGUCAGGAGCACAGACUGGAGCACAGGACGAAGCACAUUGCUCUUCGCUACUUUCUUGCUCGAGAGCUUCAGCAGCGCGGUCAGCUUCGACUUGUGUACGUGGACUCGAAGGCCAACACUGCUGAUAUCUUCACCAAGGCGCUCCCGCCUAGUGAUCAUCAGCGGCACUGUACUUCUUUAGGCCUUGUGUCCACGUUUCCUCACUUGCUCACUGCUUGA